AUGAAUCUGCGCGACUACUUCUCCGAACCGGCAGCAUGGGACUUGUUGAGUGUCUCUUACAACCCAGACGCGCGAUACGCGUUUGUCAACUUCAGCUCCGACGCCGCGCGGCUUGCGGCCAUCCGGCACGCGGCUUCUCGACUCUUUGAGGGCAGGCGUCUGGACUGCCGCAUCCGGCACGAGUCUCGGGGCAGGUCGACCAAGGUCAACUACGGACUCAACACCAUUGCCAAUAGAGGCCCCCUCGGCGGAGCGAGUUCCAUGUGCUGUGAUAGAGCAAAAUCCCUACGCAGCAAAGUCGAGGAAUUCGCCCAUUUUCCAGAGGCAGACAGGUCGUCUUGGGGUACGGAGAAGUAUUUCAUCCUCAAGAGCUUCUCCCUCGACGCCCUCUACCAGAGCCUUGAGACUGGUCGGUGGCAUGUGCCGAAGCGGCAUGUUGAGCGAUUGAACCAUGCCUUUCAGACAGCCAGCAAAGUCAUCUUGAUCUUCUCCGUCAACGGCUCGGGCUGUUUCUUCGGCUACGCGACCAUGCGCUCCGAAAUCCACGUCGACGAACAAGACUUGGUCCCUUUCAACGACCAAGUGCAUGUAAUUUCCCACCACGACUUGGAUACGGAGGAUGACUACGGAUCGAGCGAGCCGGGAAUGGAUGGUGACGCGCAGCCACAGUCAUUGACGAGGUCGAGGACGGAAUCGCUGGCCUCGUCUGACUCGACCGCAUCGUCGUCGUCGUCAUCGUCGAUAUCCUCAGUCGCGUCCGGCUCUAUAAUCUACCAACCCGAACGACGGAGGAUCAUAUGGGAGGCAUCCCCGACAUCUCUGACCCAUUUCCCAUCCCUCGCCGCAUCCCCGUCGUCUCCCAUAACCACAUCCCAUUCCACCAAGUUAACAUGCAAAUGCACAUUCCCAAUCCACCCCCCAACUGUCCCUAUCUCCGCCCUCGUCCCCGACCCCGACCCCGACAAUCCAUAUCUAUAUCCACAACUCGACCCACACCAACAUUACUCACCGUCCCACGCCACGCUCGAGUUCGACCGCUUCAGCAGCCCCUGCGCCAUCAAGUGGCUGUGCGCGCAGAGCCUCCCCUUCGCCGCAGUCCGCAACCUGACCAACCCCUGGAACGCCGACAAGCCGUUGCACGUCGCGCGGAACGUCACCCCCGUCGAGCCCCAAGUCGCGCGGAAGUUGUUGGAGUGUUGGGCCGAGGCGAUGCAGAGAUGA